GCAAGGGAUCAAGGGGCUGGGGCGGAGUCUGUCCUCGGAGGCCCGCAGAAUCAAGUUGGAGACCAAUAGAAUAGGGCAGGGGGUGGGCUUUACUGAGAAGAACCAAUCGAGCUGAUAGAGGGGCGGAGCGUCAUAACUACGUCAGACAGAGGCCGCCGCCGCGGGGCCUGGUUAUCGCCGGUCCAGCGCAGCCCGGAGUCGCCCAGGCCUGAACUCCUACCCAGGUCCCCGGCCUGGCCUCAGCCGGCCUGACCCCGGUCCCGGGCCCACGAGGACACCGAAAGCCACUCCCUAGGGGUGGGGAGCGGAGCCGUGGGUCAGCUCUGCGCGCGCCCCGCGCUGGCCUGUCCGGCCCCGCCCCCGCCCCGGGCCAUGGCCCAGCCCUUGUCCCGGCCCCUCGUCCUAUCCUCAUCCAGCCCUUGGCCCCCAGCCCCGCCCUCGCCCCGCUUCCCAAAUUGGCCCCUGCCCCGGCCUGGGUCCCAGCGAAUGCCCAGAUCCGAGUCUCAACCCAGGCCCCCCCUUCAGUCCAAGUCCCAGUCCCUGUGGCUGUCCUGGCCUCCAACCCCUCCUUUGCCCUUGUUCCACCUUCUGUCACAAAUCCCAGCCCAACCCCUGUCCCAACCCCAUUCCCAGUGUUUGCUUAAACCCGGGGCGCAAAUCCUGCCCUUGCCCCAGUCCCCAUUACAGCCCCUCCUUCCAUCCCAUUCCUUGCCCUUGUUCAAGCCCCAGUGCCCAGCACAGCCCAAUCCAUUAUCUCAGCCUUUGCCCUCAUCUCUGUGUUUACCCAAGUCUUUCCCACUACCCACCCCUUUCUCUCAUACCCUGCCCCUCUCCCAGCCUCGACUCAGGUCUGGGCUCCAGCUGCCGCCAGCCUUAUUGCUGCUGUUGCUGUUCUCUGUCCUUGGCCCAGGGGCUGGAGGCCUCUUCCUGACUGACUACUCCACCUGCUCACCCCGAAAGCUGAGUCCAUUCCGCUCCUUUGCCAGCACUGAGCUCUUCCACUUCCAUGUUCCCGAGGACACAUUCCUGGCUGUUUGGAACCUCAUCAUCUUCAAGGAGCAAGGAGGAACCUUUGGGGACCACUGCCCAGACCAAAGUGUGACUGUGUAUUUCCGGUCCGGGGCACCCCCUGUCAUCAAUCCCCUGCACACACACUUCCCAGGGGACACGGCUGUGCCUGGGGUUUUCUCCCUGACCCUCAGCUGGACACUGCCCAACCGCACCUCAGGCAUCUUUAACGUCAGCAGCCCCUUACCUGGGGACUGGUUCUUGGCUGCCCACCUUCCCCAGGCCCAUGGCCACAUCUCUGUCAAGGGUCUCCAGGACGAGUGUCAGUACCUUCUUCAGCCACAGCUGAUUAUCCGGCGUUUGCUGGACGUUGCUGUGCUGGUGCCUGGCCGUCCCUCAGAGCAAACCCUCUCGGCCCACAAUCGUUCAGCACUGUACAACAUUUUCCUCAUUUUGGUGUCCCUCUCACUUUCUCACCUGUCCUUUCUUACCCCAACCUCCCCUUUGCCCAGGGUCUUUGUGCCCAGCUUUACUUACAGGGUUUCAGCACAGCUGGUAUGUGUGGGGAGCCGCGGGGCAUUGGCCUGCCCCCUGACGUUGCGCCUACGUCCUAAGGCCCCACCCCUGCACAACUCAAGCUCUUUGUCCUGUGGCAGUACUUCGGUGUGCCAGCUGGAGCUGGCACUGCCCCCCUGGGGGCACUGGGUCUACGUGCGUGUGGAGAUCCCAUCCCGGGGUCCUGGCAGGACUGUCCGGUUCCAGCUGUGCGUGCGGUUGCAAGAGUGCCCACAGCCCAGCCUGUCCCGUGUCCUCGUCCCUGGAGCUGCCAUGAACAUGCCCCAGUCACUGGGCAACCAGCCACUGCCCCCAGAGCCGCCUUCUCUGGGGGCCUCUGCGGAGGGGCCUGGGGCCACAUCCCCACCAGAGCACUGCUGGCCGGUGCGCCCGACACUGCGCAAUGAGCUGGACACCUUCUCCGUCCACUUCUACAUCUUCUUCGGCCCCAGUGUGGCCCUGCCCCCUGAGCGCCCUGCAGUGUUUGCCCUGAGGCUGCUGCCAGUGUUGGACAGUGGAGGCGUCCUCAGUCUGGAGCUCCAGCUCAAUGUGAGCUCCCUGCGCCAGGAAAACGUGACGGUGUUUGGAUGCCUGACUCACGAGGUGCCCUUGAGCCUAGGGGAUGCAGCGGUGACUUGUUCUAAAGAGUCCCUGGCUGGCUUCCUCCUCUCCGUCAGUGCCACUUCCAGAGUGGCCAGGCUGCGAAUCCCCUUCCCACAGACUGGAACCUGGUUCCUGACCCUGCGCUCCCUGUGCGGGGUGGGGCAUCGGUACGUGCGGUGCCGGAACGCUACGGCGGAGGUGCGGCUGCGCACUUUCCUCUCCCCCUGCGUGGACGACUGCGGGCCCUACGGCCAGUGCAAGCUGUUGCGCACACAUAACUACCUGUACGCGGCCUGCGAGUGCAAGGCCGGCUGGAGGGGCUGGGGCUGCACCGACAGCGCGGAUGCGCUCACCUAUGGAUUCCAGCUGCUGUCCACGCUACUACUGUGCCUGAGCAACCUCAUGUUUUUGCCACCUGUGGUCCUGGCCAUUCGGAGUCGAUAUGUGCUGGAAGCUGCUGUCUACACCUUCACCAUGUUCUUCUCCACGUUUUACCAUGCCUGUGACCAGCCAGGCAUUGUGGUUUUCUGCAUCAUGGACUACGAUGUGCUGCAGUUCUGUGAUUUCCUGGGCUCCUUAAUGUCCGUGUGGGUCACUGUCAUUGCCAUGGCGCGUUUACAGCCUGUGGUCAAGCAGGUGCUGUAUUUGCUGGGGGCUAUGCUGCUGUCUAUGGCUCUGCAGCUUGACCGACAUGGACUCUGGAACCUGCUUGGACCCAGUCUCUUCGCCCUGGGCAUCUUGGCCACAGCCUGGACAGUACGCAGCGUCCGCCGCCGGCACUGCUACCCACCCACAUGGCGCCGUUGGCUUUUCUACCUGUGUCCGGGCAGCCUGAUUGCGGGCAGUGCUGUCCUACUCUAUGCUUUUGUGGAGACCCGAGACAACUACUUCUACAUUCACAGCAUUUGGCAUAUGCUCAUCGCUGGCAGCGUGGGCUUCUUGCUGCCCCCACGUGCCAAGACUGACCACCGGGUCCCAUCUGGAGCUCGGGCCCGGGGCUGCGGUUACCAGCUGUGCAUCAAUGAGCAGGAGGAGCUGGGCCUUGUGGGUCCAGGUGGGGCCACUGUCAGCAGCAUCUGUUCCAGCUGAGUGGGGCUUUGGGCCUGGCCUUUGGGGAGCAUGAACCCUUCCUAGGGGCAGAGAGCCCUUCCUGGAGUGUGGAACCCUCCCUGGAUAAGAGACAGGUUGUAUUUCUCGAGGACAUAGAGUCUUUCUUAAGGACAUGGAGCUCUUCUAGGGACCUGGCGAACUUCCUGAAGGCCUGGAGUCUUCCUGCAUCCAUGGAGCCCUUCUUAAGGAUGGAGCCUGUGUAGAACCCUAGAGCCCCUCCGGACCAAGGAGUCCCUCCUAGGAGUGUGGAGUCCUUCCCAGGGAUGUGGAGCUCUCCUAAGGAUAUGGAUUCCUUCCCAGGGAGACAAAGCCCUCUCAGGAUAUGGCAUCAUUCCAGAGGAAAUGGAGUCCAUCUUGGGGACAACGAGUCUCCAAUUCUUCCCAGCAGCUCAGCAACUCUGGUCUCAGGCUUCCUUCCCAAGGCAGUGUCUGGGCCAUACCGUGCCAUGCUGUGCUGUGCUGUGCCGGGAGGGGGAUUGCAGGGCAGGUGGGGCUGGGGCUGGGGGCACUGGUAUCCUGAGUUGAUGCAGGUGGAGUCUGGUGUGUCUCCAAUGAAGUAUUUGCUGGUUC